UGACGGUCAUCCGAUUGCUCUGAAACGGAUGGACGAUGGCGGCAGCACAGCAAUGCAAAGAGCGCUGCGUACGGCGUCGAGGCCAAUCUGUGCUUCCUACCGCUCUUCUCAAUAGCAUCUCGUUCCCCAGGCAUCAUCCGCGACGACAUGCUUUUUGCUCCCCUCCUUGCCAUUAUCAACCUCGUAGCAUCUUCUGCUGCCUUGGCAUCCCCGCCAGAUGAUGCUUUAAAUAGUCGAGCCACAAUACCAGACAUCUACGAGAUCAAGAUAGCGCACCUCGACCCGGAGGAUGCCGUCUUCGACAAGGAUCGCAAGCUCUUGUACCAGUCGAAUCUCUACCGCGCCAAGGUGGCCGUGAGCAAUACCAAGUCCGGACACAUGUUUGACGCGUACAUCCCUGGCAUCUCCUCGGACGAAGCCAUAACACGCUAUGAGCUCGCAGGCCUGUCCCUUGACAAGGCAGACAAGCCCACCCGGCUAUACGGUGUUGCCAAGGACCACUCUGCCUUCACAUUCGGUCCCAAGCAAAGCGUGCGAGGGCCCAAUGCCUUUGUAGCAUUUGACCUACCCCUCUCCAGCUCAUCGAAGCCCGUGUACAACCUCGACUUACACCCGGUGCAGGGUCAGAUCGAGCAAGAGCAUGGCACCUGGCCAUUUGCUCCUGUGGACUCGGCACAGGACGAGGCAGGCAACUCGUACAUCGUCUUCGCGCUCGGGGCUCCCGCCAUCGCAAAGGUGGGACCUGAUGGAACCAAAGCCGAGCCUUUCAGCUUCGAGCCUCCCGCUUCAAUCAUCCCCAAUCGCACAGGCUACACCGGCAUCGCGUACAUACCCACCUCCCAUCAGCUGGUAGCCUACGGCGGGCCGCGCCUCCUUACCCGCUUCGAUCUCAAUUCCUCCACGCCCAGCAAGGCGAAUGCAGUUCAAAUUCAAGGCUCACCAAUCAAGUGGUCUCACGCUGAAAAGAUCAACCUCAUCGCCUCGCUCGACGGCACGGGGGACAGGCUGGUAGUGACCAACGCGCCUGAUGUCAUCUCAUUCAGGUCGACGGACGGGUGGAAGACGGCCACGUACAAGAAGUUCACCAGGCCUGAGUUGAAGAAUAAUUCCCUCACUACCGUCACGGAGCUUGAGUUUGAGGGAGGAAUGCGCGGCAUAUACGGUGCUGGGGCGUACUUUGGCAAGGGGAAAUUCAGCGAUCGCACGAGCUGGCCUCUCUACAGGUUGGGCGAUGAGCUGCUCAAAGCGUGAGAGAAUACUGCGCGAGGCGGGGGAUGCUGCUACUCUACGAAGCUGCGGACCUUUACGUCCGGCCAGCCAUGACAAUUGCCUCGAUUAUGUCAUUACCACUCCUUCGACUUCGACGAUGAGGACCACUGCAAGCCUCCAUUAAUACGACU